GCUGCAGUCGGAGGAAGUUAUGCAGUCCUUCCGUGAGCGCAGCGGUGGUUACCACAGCAACCAACCCUGCUACCAGCAGGAGUCCCAUGAAUUAUCCCGCCUGGAGACCUACCGACAACACCCGCAUCAUCCCCACCCCCAGCACCCGCUCCCAAGCCCCGGUCCACAUCCAGGCCCAGGCCCCGGGCACAGCAGAACAGGCUAUGAGGCUCAUUCGCUGGCGAACCCCACGAGCAUGACUCCGGCUGGAGGACCGGUAACUGGAGGAGGACCCAAGGACUGUUAUAGCCAGCAAGCAUACCCUGGUUACCCAGGCAAUGUUGGAGGGAAUGAGAGUGGAAAUGGGGGCUCAGCACCUUCGCAGACAAAGAAAGCCUACAGAGGAAGCAAAGUGCCCCCACCAAACCCCAGUCAGCACCUACAGGGUCCUGGGGCCUAUAGUAACCACAUGGGCCCUGGGAGUUACUCAGCCCAGUAUUUAAGUGAGGGCCAACUCCAGCAGAAAUGGGAGGACUCUGCCCAGUUAGCACAGUAUGACCAGGAGAUGGUGGGGCGUAUAGAGGCUGGUGGUACCCCUGCACCUGUCUCCUCCCAGUACAUUGACCAAACCAUGCUGGGCCACACCCAGACCCAGUGCCACCAGCCCUCCACCCCUGCCUAUACCAGCCCCCACCAUCAGGCCCACCCCCCUAACCCUGCCCCUUCCCCUCUCAUGUAUCCCCAGAGUCACCUUCACUACCCCCAGCACUCAGCCUCUCCUUCGCCAUACAUGGAAAAGUGUAGCCCAAUGCCCCACUGUUAUAAAGGUUACAGCAUUCCCUCAAAUUCCCAGUAUGGCAGACAAAUGAGCAGCCACAGCAGUCUGAAGCCGGGGGGUUACAGGUCGACCCAGAACAGUUAUGGCUACCAGCAGCCUCCCUCCAGAGGUUAUGAGCAGCAGCCCCCUUUACAGGCCAUGACCAACCCCCAGGAGCCCCACCCUAAAUACCAACACUACAGCCAACCACAACAAAACUACUGUCUCUCAGAGCUGUCUGUCAGAUCACCAGAACAGUAUUAUCAGACUUGUAGCCCCUCCUCAAGCCACUCUCCAGCACGCUCUGUAGGACGCUCCCCCUCGUACAGCUCCACCCCUUCACCACUAAUGACCAAUCCAGAGUCAUUCCAGUAUGGUCAACCUCCUAUGACCCCUGGGGCAGCAUCCUCCUCUUCGUCCUCUUCAGUUGGCAUGCAGGAGCAAGCCAGCACCAAUACCAUGUUGAUGCCCCCUCGCCCACACCCCUCGCCCAAUGUGCCCCAUGCAGCCCCCCACAGCUACACCACCACACCGCAGGUCCCCACCAUGAAAGAACGCUUCUCGGAGAAGCUGUUGUCAAACCCCAGCUUGUGGAGUCUGAAUGCCCUCACCUCUCAGGUAGAGAACAUCUCUAAUAAUGUCCAGCAGUUGCUGCUAUCAGAGGCCCUGGUGGCCAACAAGAAAGGUGGUAAGCGCAGCAGUGGAGGUAGCAACAGCAGUGCUGGAAGCGGAGCAUCUAUCAAGAAGGGUGAGGAGUACAAAUGUCCUCCAUAUCCAGAUAGUGGUGGUAGUGGUAGUAUUGGUGGAGGCCCAAUGCAAGACCCUUACUCUACCCCACAGCACCAGCCUUUGCCAAUGGAACUCCAUGAGGGAGGCUACUCCAGCAGUAGUGAUGAACAACUGGAGAGGGGUUACUACUACUGUGGCCAGGGCAGAAGUCCAGCACAGGCUCCCAAUAACACACAACUCAGCCUGGACACAGCCUCUUCAUGCUCCAUGACUUCUCCAGAUGAUAUGUCCACCAGGUCUGGAGACUCAGGACUGCACAACCUUACCCCUGACCCUACUCAAUGUCGGUCAGGGCAGGGAGGGGAUGGCAUGAAUACUCCAGUAAAGAGCAUUGGCGAUGAGAGGUCUCCUACAAGCAUUACAAUCCCCAGUCCAAUGAAACAAGAAAGGGACUCCCCUUUAGAUAUACAACAUAUCAACGAGCCUGUCAAAGAGAACUUUGAAGAAUCAGCCUGGACAGAAAAAUCAGCUGACAAAGAGGAGGUAUCAACAGAGAAAUCUCCUGACAGCGAGAGAGAUUCAGACACAACUAAAUCUACAGAGAAUCUGGAGAAAUGGUCAGAUGAAGAGAAAUGUCCAGCUCUCUACAGCAAAGUAAACAAAGGAAUGACAGAAAAAAUAUAUUGCUACAAGGAGACAUUGUACCAAACAGUCCAGAGCAAAUAUGACCCUGAUACAAGAGACUCAGUUGAACAGUCCCCAGCAGCUCUCUCUGACUCCAGCCACAAGGAACACUUUGGCCAUGAGAUGAAAAUAGAAGCGUUCAAAUCUGAGUCUCCAACUGCAUCUGAGAGCUCAGUCAAAACAUUGCCUUUUAUAUCUAGAGGUGACCUUGAACAGGAUCAAUAUUCCACAGAGAAGGAGGACAGCUCAGAGAACACCUCUCCAACCCAAGUCAAGGCCUUGGACGAGAGCAACUCAGUCAAGAGAGAGAGCAGAGAUGAGGAAGAUGAAGAGGAGGGGGAGGAGGAUGAGAGUGCACAGGAUGAGGCAGAAGAAGAGGGAGAAGGAGAAAUACUGAAACAACAACAUUCUCUUUCCUCUCCUUUGUCUGUAGGGGUUAGGGGGGAACUGGAGGAGGGGGAGAAAGUGUCAUUGACUGAGGAUUACAUUAACAGAGAUGGGCAAGAGAAGUCAUCUGGGGAUCUCUGCAGCAGGACAGAGGGUCAGAGUACAGAGCUCCAUACUGACAAUGAGCCUGCAGCCCAUCCCAAUGCAGCAGCAGCAGAUGCUUCUGCAUGGGAGUCAGCCAUUGGUGACACUGCUCCUCAGCCUCAGUCUGCUAUGCCAGUCUUCUCAGCGCUCAAUGAUAAGACAACACCUCCAGCUCAGGCCAGGGAUCAUAUUGAUCACAGUGAUGCUAAAGUGCUGGAGCCAGACUCUCCUCAGCUGCCAGGGAAGUCGAUACUUCCCUCACCCCCCUCCUGGGCAGACACUCCACCCUCCCCCCAAAAAGGGGAUGAAGACAUGGAGCUGGGCAUCAGCUGCGCCAGUGCAGUGACUCCCUUGGCCAAGCCAGAACCUGUGGCCCCAUCUGCUCAGCCGAGGGCAUUUGGACGUAAGCAUGCAAGGGGUAGAAGAAGAAUCAUGCAUUCAGGUGUGGGAAUCAGGCGACAUCUAAUCUUGGAGAGGGAGGGAGAAAGGGAAGAGGAAGGAGCUCCCUCGCUUACACAGAAACCCUGCAUCCCUGCAAGCAAAACUAUGUUAUUCUCGGAUCCAUUGGACCUCCAUCAGGAAUCUAUUGUAAGCCAGACUCCCAAAAUGCUAACAGAUGGUUUUCGGUCGAGAAUGUGCACUCGCUCAUUCAAUGCACCAGAUUUGCCACCCAAAGUUGAGCCUCAUGUGAAGAGAAAACCAGGCCCAAAACCAGGUUCAAAGGCUGGGCUCAAACCAGGGACAAAAACGGGAGUAAAGCCAGGUCCAAAACCAGGUCUUAAACCUGGCCUUAAGCCUGGACCAAAGCCAGGGCCAAAACAUAUACCUAAAUCAGGACCUAAACCAGGACCAAAACCUGUGCUAAAUGAAUUAGAGCCGCCACAGAAAAUUGAAACACCUGUGAAACGAAAACCAGGACCCAAACCAGGCUCAAAAACUGGGCCAAAAUCUGGAUCAAAAACUGGACUAAACCCUAGUCUAAAACCAGCUCUAAAGCCAGGUCCAAAUCCAGGACCCAAGCAUACAGAUGUUUUGCUUCCCGAUGACACUGCACCCAUCAAGGCCUCAGUGGGUCGCCCUAAAGGCUCAGUUUCUAAGGCAAAGCUGGUACAGGAAGAAGAAACCAUUCAACCUUUGACAGGACUGCAGAGCGCGGCCAAGAAGAGCCAAAAAGCUUUAACAGCACAAGUAACCCAGGAUGCUAAACCAGUAAACCAGGACGAAAAACAAGUAAACCAUGAGGUUACGGCUCCAGAGAAGGAGGGUAAGAACAUGGUCUUAAGAUCCAGAAAGCCCUCACAAGAAAAACUGUCUAAAGAAAAAGUCACAGGGGAAGAUAUUUUUCCCCAGACACUAACUGAUGAUUCUCCAAAAGUAGAGGAACCUGUUUAUGUGGAACAAACUCCAACUUCCAUUCCUUAUGCAGUCAAAAACACAGAUGUUUCAGCAGACCCACUUGCAACAAUUCCCACACCAGUCCUAACGGAACAAUCUGAAGUAAAGACAUUACUUCCAUUAAAACAGAAAUCUAGCCCAGAACUUUCUACAACACCAGCAAAGAAAAAGAGGGGUCCAAAGCCCAAACCAAAACCCUUAUCACCUCAACCAUCUCUAGUGGAACAGGUUGUCUCUACACUGAAAGAGAAGGGUGUCCGUGGCCCCAAAAGAAAGCGAGGGCCACCCAAGAAAGUCUCUGUGGUCACUCCUCCACCCAAAGACACUCCUCCAAACACCAGUGAGACGGACAUCACUAGUGAUGUGCCUGUGGUGCCUCCUCAAUGCCCCACAAAAACAAAAGUUCUCCCACCACGCAAAGGCAGAGGACAGAAAUACGAGGCCAUGGUGCAGAAAAUUACAUCUCCAAGCUCAAAGAAACACCUCCCAAUUCCCCAGAUGGACAGCAAUCUAUGUGAUGAUGUGACGCCCAGGGCUUUGCCUCCACUCCUAAAGGAAGGUGAGCCAUCUAUGCUCAUAAAUAGCAUUGAGGUGAUAGAGGGAAAAGUAAAAAGCAUAGAUUCUAGACAGGAAGUACUGAAACAACUUGAAGGAGUAGUGAGAAAAAAGGAGAUGGCACAAGGAAGAUAUGCUUCAACAGCCGAGGAGGUGAGACAAGGGAUGGAAGAAGGGAUUGAGAAUAAGGAGGAGACCGGACAAGAACACAUUAAACCAGGGGUACAGCAUGGUGUCAGGGCUGACAAAGUGUGGAGCUCAAUGGAAGCUCCAGUUGAAGCCAGGUCUCUAGGAGAGUGGACACAACAGGCCUCAAAAGGUGUAUCAUCUGCUCCCACUAAGUCCACCAGAACUAAAAGGAAGAGAUGGGCCAUGGUGGAGAGCACAGAUGCCUCAAUAGUAGCCUUGGAAGCCGGGAGCCUAAUAGUUACAACACCAAGGCUAGCCAAGCAGAGGGCCAUUAAAAACAACCAUGAGAUGCAUCUGAAACAGAGGAGAAAGAAAAGAAAGGGCCAAGCCCCUCUAGAAGAAACAGAGACAGUUGAGGAGAAAAACAUUGAAUCAGUAGAACAACAGGAGAGGGUAGGAGAGACGGUAACCCCCACAGAGUCCACAAUACCUCUGCCAAUCAGCGUAGAUGAGAUCACAGAAGCCCCCCAGGUAACCAGCAGAGAACUCAUUCAGAAACCUAAGAGAGGCAGAAAACCUUCCGCAAAUCCUACUCAGCGGAAACGAGGCAAAACCUCAGAGCAGAUUCCUGGCAAGCCAAUGAAGAUCCACAAAAAGCCUGGGCCAAAACCUGGGAUGAAAGACGCCAUGGAGGUUAUUGAAGCAGUAGUAAGGGCUGCAGGAUUUGAACGGGACGAAAAAGAGGAGAGAGAAAAAGAAGAAAUGGAAAGAAGGGAAACAGAGGAGACGGACAAAGUAGAAACGCGUAUCGUGGGUCCUGUCGUGACAAUAUCCGAAAAGCAGACUGAGAUCAUUUCUGUGAAAAGAAUCAGGCGCAAACCAGUCCAUCAAAGUUCUAAACUGUCUUUCUGUCCUUAUGUACGGAUUAACAACUCCAGAGACUUUUCUUCCUGGUGUGCCAUCGUCAACAAGCCUGAGGAUGCAGUGGUAUUUCAGAGACGUAGAAAAAAGGGCAUACUCAGAAUGAGGAAUCCUAUCACAGUUGCAAAAAUAGUGCCACACACUGCUGCCAUGCUACAAGGACCCUUGGUGAAAAUAAAUCUCAUUGACAGGUGUCUUACAUGUUGCCUGUGUGGAAAGCCAGCAAAUUACAGAGACCUAGGUGAUUUGUGUGGACCCUACUACACAGAGGAUGGCGUUCCACGGAAAAUGUUGACGAUGGAACACACAGAAUCCGUCAGGGAAGAGACACAGAAAACUAAUGACAACAACAGUAGCAGCAGUGAAGAACCAAGCUCCUCAAAGAGCGAGGGUGACGGCAGCACAGAAAAGGAGAGCAAUACAGAGGCUUUCACUCAAGAGGGCAGUAGUAGCAGGCACCAUUGGCGCUACCGGCGGGCAGAAAGAACAGAGAGGACGGGUCAGGAGAGUGGUCCUCGAAGAUUAACUCUCCGAGAGAGGUUCAGGAGGAUGAAGCAGCUCCAGGCCAUCAGCACGGGGGCCUCAAGUGACCAAGAGGGUGGUGACAGCAUGUUCAAAAGGCUACAAGUGGAGGCAGAGGCUAAAGAGCACUGGGCCCAUGAAAACUGUGCCAUCUGGACCAAGGGAGUAAUUAUGGUAGCUGGGAGGCUAUACGGACUGAGGGAGGCCGCCAGCAACUCAGCACAAAUGAGCUGCUACAAGUGCCAGGUUGUGGGAGCGUCCCUCAGCUGCUGUUGGAGAGGCUGCUCUCAUAAAUACCACUAUGUCUGCGCCAAAGAGAUAGGCUGCACAUUCCACGAGGAUGAUUUCUCUAUAAAAUGUCCUAAACAUGAGGACCUGUAAGAUAUUCCAGUUCACCACCUCCACCAUCAACACCACCUCUCAGCCAAGCGAGCAUCACCUAUCCAGCAAGGCAAACAAAGAUGCUGUCCAUACAGCCACCUACACCUAGAAGACACGGUGGUGACGGACAGGCGCGUCGGCCCGUGGGGCUGGGGGAGGAUAACAGGCUGCGAUGAGGUGGAGCUGCAAACCCUGGAGGACGACUCCGCAGAGAAUAGCUGAUCCCUGAACUCGGCCUGGAAAUGUGUUUCCCCGACUGAGCCCGUUACUGGAAGGCAGAGGGCAGAAGGUAGAAGGCAGAGGGCAGAGGGCAGAGGGCAGAGGGCAGAAGGCAGAGGGUAGAG